CGGCGCCCUGUGAGGGCGGGGGAGCUGGGAGGAGGGUGAAAUUUAGCCAUCAGUGUGUGGCAGGGUCAUGAAAAAGCGGCGGCGGCGGGAGAGAGGAGGAGGCGGUGGCGGCGGAGUGAAACUGCGGUAGCUGCCCCCUGGGCUGGUAGUGUGGCUUUGUGGGGAGGGCGUAGUUCCUAAUCCCCUUUUCGGGCAGCCGCCGGGGCUCGGGGCUGUGAGCGGCCGUCAAGGCUGCCUCCCCGGGCCCCCUGCCUCCGCCAUGUUCCGCAGGGCACGCCUUAGCGUGAAGCCGAAUGUCAGGCCUAGUGUAGGCGCCAGGGGCUCCACAGCUCCCAAUCCCCAGCGUGGACAGGAGUCUCCCAGGCCGCCGGAGCCUGCCACGGACUCUGCUUCCAAGCCAGCGGAGCCCACAGAUGUACCUGCAGUCGAUUUCGGUGGAGCGGAGCCCCCAGAAAAGGCUCCUAGGAGCAGUUCUGAAAAGACUGGUAGUGACAAUGAUGUUGAAGAAUCCAGUAGAUCUUCCCCUACUGCUUCACAGAGAAGAAAGCGAAUAUCAAGUACUUCUAGUCUGGUUAAGGCUAGUGUCAGUGUUCCUUCAGAAUCUCAUCCCUUAUCUACAGUUAAUCAAGAGGCUGCACAGCCAACUGCCACUUCAACAAAAGAGAAACAGCCGUGCUCAGACAGAUACCGAAUAUACAAAGCCCAGAAACUGAGGGAAAUGUUAAAAGAAGAAUUGAGAAAAGAGAAGAAACAAUGGAAAAACAAAUAUGCUAUAAAUGAAAGUCAGAGGCCACCAGAUCGUUCAAAAAUGACUAUGAGAGACUUCAUAUAUUAUCUACCAGAUAACAAUCCAAUGACUUCUUCACUGGAACAAGAAAAGAAAACUGAAAAGUCAUCGACUCCAGUCCAGACAAGAGAGCAAGAAGGUAAGAGUACUGCUAAUGCUGAAGAUAAUGAAAUGGAAGAAGAGACAGAUGAUGGGCCAUUACUGGUUCCUCGAGUAAAAGUGGCAGAAGAUGGGUCUAUUAUUUUGGAUGAAGAAAGUUUAACUGUAGAAGUUUUAAGAACGAAAGGCCCUUGUGUUGUUGAAGAAAAUGACCCUAUAUUUGAGCGCGGUUCUACAACUACAUACUCCAGCUUUAGGAAAAAUUAUUACUCUAAGCCAUGGUCAAACAAAGAAACAGAUAUGUUUUUUUUAGCCAUCAGCAUGGUAGGAACUGACUUUUCUAUGAUCGGACAACUUUUUCCUCACAGAGCAAGGAUAGAAAUUAAGAAUAAAUUUAAACGUGAAGAGAAAACAAAUGGAUGGAGAAUAGACAAAGCAUUCCAGGAAAAACGCCCUUUUGACUUCGAUUUUUUUGCUCAUUUGCUUCAGAAAGUUCUUGCUGAAGAAGAGAAAAGAAAACAAAAAUCUGUUAAAAAUCACAGUUUAAAGGAGAAGAAAUCCACCAAACCACGGAAAAAUGUAAAAGUCAAAAAAAUUGCCUGUGAAAGAGUGAAUGAUGAUCCAGAUGAGUCUAUGAGUUCUAGAAUUUCAGACACAGAAAGAUCUCAGAAGGAUGCUCAGACAGUUGACGAAGAGUCUCUGACCUUAUCAGGGAAGGAUGCAGAACAGGUUGCACAAGAAGUAGACCUAAAUCAAAAGAAAAGAAGAAGGAAGAAGCAAGAUGGAGCUAAUGAACUGGAAGUAAACAAUCUUUUAGAAAAUGCCACUGUUCAGGCGGGUCCUUCUAAAGGAGAAAAACACAAGAAUAAAUGUCAGGCUAUAAGGCCCGAGGUAAAGGAAGGUGAAUGCAGUAAGGAGCAGAUGCUUUCCUGCACACAAAACGUAGAUGGCAUUGUGGGUUUUGCCUCCAGUGAAAAAGUUGAGAAAAGAACUGACCCCAUCCUUUCAUUAAGUAAUCAACGAGAUACCGCAUCAGUAGCAACUAAGUCUUCAGAAUCAAGCACUUCAGAUUUGCCUUCAUUAGAAGUUGGAAUUAGAGCAUCGUGUGAGGUGAAUGAUGUUGAGGGUAGUUGUACAGAAGAAAGAAAUGUUGACCUAAAAAAUAAUUCACUGGAAAUUGAUCAAACAGAAAAUGUUAAACCGAUGUUGAGAGGUCGCUUCCAGAGACCUAAACCCAAUUUGUCAAGGACUGGGAAGAAAUUGGUUCUUUCACAAGGCAAAACAGAGGCAGAGAGCAAGAAUUCACAUUCAAAAACUUCAGUUGAAAAGGACCACCUGGAAAAGGAUAAGAUGAAUACAUUGGACAUUUUGAGAAUGGAGACUACGGAGAGAGAGAAUCCAGAAGCUGAAACUGUAUCUAUGUUGGGUGAAAAAAAUUGUCUGCAGGAAGAGAGUCAGCUAAAGACUUUAACACCUGCAAAAGUGAGGGGCCGAAUGCAAAAGCCAAAGCCAAAUGCAGGUAAAGCUGCUGGAAGAAAAGAAAUUCUCAUGUCACAGGAAGAAAUUGGGGCCAAUGUAGAAAAGAAUGAAAAUGAAUCCCGUGCUGAUAGAGAUACUCCUCAACACAUGGAAUAUCAAUCAUGUAAAGAUUUUGAAGAGGAAGAUGUCAUAUUACAACCUGAGAAAAAUGAUUCUUUUCAAAAUGUGCAGCCAGAUGAGCCCAAGGUUCUUAAUGAAUGUCUAAGCAUUCAAGAGAAUAAUAAAGCAAAUAAACUUAAUCAAGUCCCAAUUCUAAGGACUCGAUUUCAGAAACCAAAGCCAAAUAUCAGAAGAGGAACCGGAAGGAGAGAAAUUUCCUCAAAAGAAGUAGUACUAGAGAAGAUUCUUGCCUCUGGGGAAAUGACAGCAGCAUUGAGAGAAACUGUAAGACUAGACACCUCACCAAAGGAGAUGGUACCAGCAGAGAUUAAUACUACUAAAGAAAUGCAGUCAGAUUUAAAAGAAACUGGAAGAAGAGCCAUUUCUCCCAGGGAGAAGAUUCUAGAUGUGAUUGAUGUCACCAGGGAAGUGGAGACAGGUUUGAAAGCAAGGGGAAGAGAGAUUUGUUUAAGGGAGAAGACACCAGAGGUGAUUGAUGCCACUAAGGAAAUAGACAAAGAUUUGGAAGAAACUGGAAGAAGAGAAAUACCCCCACAUGAAAAUGGCCCAGAGGAGGUCAAGCCUGUAGGUGAAAUGGAGACAAAUUUAAAAGCAACUGGAAAUGACAGUUCCCCAAGAGAGAAGACACCAGAGGUGAUUGAUGCCACUCAGGAAAUAGACAAAGAUUUGGAAGACACUGGAAGAAGAAAAAUAUCCCCAAAGGAAAAUGGCCCAGAGGAGGUCAAGCCUGUAGAUGAAAUGGAGACAGAUUUGAAAGCAACUGGAAGAGAGAGUUCCCCAAGAGAGAAGACACCAGAGGUGAUUGAUGCUACUGAGGAAAUAGAGAUAGAUUUGGAAGAAACUGAAAGAGAAAUAUCCCCACAGGAAAAUGGCCUAGAAGAGGUCAAGCCUGUAGGUGAAAUGGAGACAGAUUUGAAAGCAACUGGAAGGGAGAUUUCCCCAAGGGAGAAGACACCAGAGGUGAUUGAUGCCACUGAGGAAACAGACAAAGGUUUGGAAGAAACCGGAAGAAGAGAAAUAUCCCCAGAGGAAAAUGGCCCAGAGGAGGUCAAGCCUGUAGAUGAAAUGGAGACAGAUUUGAAAGCAACUGGAAGAGAGAGUUUCCCAAGGGAGAAGACACCAGAGGUGAUUGAUGCUGCUGAGGAAAUAGAGAUAGAUGUGGAAGAAACUGAAAGAGAAAUAGCCCCACAGGAAAGUGGCCCAGAGGAGGUCAGGCCUGUAGGUAAAAUGGAGACAGAUUUGAAAGAAAUUAGAGAAGAAAUUUCCCAAAGGGAAAAGGUGCUAGCGGAGAUCAGUGCUGUAAGGGAAAAGGAAAUGGAUUUGAAAGAAACUGGAAAAAGAGACAUUUCCAUGAUGGAGAAAGUAUCAGGAAAGAUGGCUGUCAUUGAAGAAAUGGAGACAGAUAUGAAAGAAACUGGAAGAGAAAAUUUUAGAGAGAGAGGAUCUGAAGAGAUCUGUGUUACUGAGGAAAAGGUGGUGGAAUUGAAAAAAACUGGAAAAACAGACAUUUCUCCAAGGGAAAAUGAACUAGAGGAGACCAGUACCUCAGGACAAACUGAGACACAUUUAAUGCAGAGCGGUAGCAAUGACUGCAGUGCUGUGCCUUCACUAGAUAUUAAAAACAUUAGCAGUGAAGUACUGUUGUUGAUGCACACACCUGUAGAAGAAAAAAGAGAUUCUGUAAAAGAAGUAUCAAGUCACUUCAGUCAUUUCAAGAUUUCUUCACAGACUCAUGAGUCUGAUAAAACAGAAGUCCUGGGGAUUCGAUCUCCAGAUGUUCCAGAGCCGUUUUCAGAUAUUAAUUUAAGAUCUCUUCCUCAAGAACAGAAGUCACUUGAAAUUAAACCAGCACCUUUUGUGAGGAGUCGAUUCAAAAGACCAAAACCAAACUUAGCAAGAGCAGCUUUGAAGAGAGAGACUACAGAAUCAGAAAAAUAUAUAUGUGGGAAGAAAUCAGAAACCAAGAAAAUGGAGACUAUUGUGAUGCAAGAAAAUAAUGAACAAGCUGAUACUCUCCCUUCUCAACAUGAUGAAGCUUCCCUAAUGAUAUCAAGAGAAAAAGACACAUCAGUUCACAGGAAUGAGGAGGCUGUGAUAUUGCCAUGUACACAGACUGAAAAGAACCUUUCACCUUCAGAUUCUUGUGAACCUAAAGAGGAGUCUCAGUCAGCACAAGCCCAGGAAAAUGACUUAGUUGUUUCUGUGGGGACUAAUAAUAUAAACACUUUCCAGCAAGAAAUGAAGGAAAGUGUUAUCCAAACUGCUCAACCAGUAAGGGGCCGACUUCAGAGACCAAGACCAAAUGUAAGAAAGACAGGACAGAGGCAAAUAGUAGACAAAGGUGACGCCAAAGGCAUAAUUAAGGAAGAAAGAACAAUAUUACAAAAAGAUGAAACCGAGAAGAAAAUCUUAACUGCGUCAAAUCCUCAAAUUGAAACUGAAAUUGAAGUUCCCUCCUCCACAGUUUCAGAACACAGAAUGUGUGAAAAUCAAAGUCAGGUGAUUCUUGUAGAAAACCUUCGUAUUAACAAAACAGAUGAAACAAUCAGACAUGAAAAUAAACUGUAUGUUCCUAGUUCAGCACAAAUGACAAGAAGGAAAUUCCAAAAGGCUAAGCCAAAUUUGGGAAGAGCACACAGUAAGAAAGAGGAACCAAUUUUAGAAAAAGGCACAACAGAUCAGAGCAAGGAAGGCAAGCCAGAAGAUCAUUUGCUGCAGAAAGGAGCUUCCAACACCCAGCUCCUUCUAAAAGAAAAAGCUGAGCUUCUGACGUCUAUGGAGGUUUCAGCGAGAAAAGAUGGUGUAGGUUCCAACGAGUCUGCUUUGGCAAAAAUAGAUGCUGAAUUAGAAGAAGCUGGACCAUCAAGAAGGGUUGGAGAGGAAACUGUAGGAGAUAAUUCUCUAUCUUCAGUUGUUGAAGAGCAAUAUCUCAAUAAACUAACAAGCUGUCCACAACCGUUAAAAGAAUCAAAUUACUCUAAAAUUGCACUGGAUGGGAAAACAACUAUCUCUUCUGCAUCUGAGUAUGAGAGAAAUCGUGGUGAAAGGAGAAGUCACAGAAAGAUCAAACCAAAUGUCACCAGAGGUCGUGGAUCAAAACGAGUUCGGGGUAAGACCUCCAAGAAGGAACCUAGAGCUUCCAAGGCCAUACUGGUGACUCUUCGGGCUUCCCAGGAAGAAGAAGAUGAUGCUGAUGAUUUUGAGUCUGACUAUGAAGAAGAAAGCUGUCAUCUUGCUCCUGAAGAAGUAAACAAAGCUCCAGUAUUUGUACCUGUUGGUCUCAGAUCUCCUGAACCUGUUUCUGCUCAGAUAGAGGAAACAAUGGAAGAGCUUGAAAUAACCGUGAAUGUCCCAGAUGUAGGAUGCAUAGCUGUUGUUGAACAUGAGCUCCCUAACACAGAUGUGACUACUGAAGAAAUGAAACAAGAAGAAAAUUUGAAUGCAUCAUCAUUUGAAAUGACCACAGGUGAACAUAUCCAAGAUGAACCAGGUACCAGUGAUGGAAGCACUGAAGCUGCAAUAACUUUACUUACAAUGGGAGAUCUAGUAUUGCAGUCAGAGAUCAGUAUUGAACAGGGUGAUGUAGGGGUAUGUAUACUUCCUCAUGUACAUUCAAAGGAUAAAAGCCAUAUUCCUUUUAGCCUAGAUAAUGUAAAUCACAAAAUUGUUCAUGAAUGUCAGGAGCUUUCUUCACCUGUCAUUACUACAUCUCCUGCAUCAUUUGAAGAAAACAAGAUUGUAUUGGAGGAACAAAGUUCCAGAGAAGAAAUAAGUUUAAUGGAGAAAGUAAAGGAGAAUGCUACACCAACCAGGAAUACAAUUUCUGAAGUGACCAGUAAUUUGAGAAUAAGAAGUAGACUUGCCAAGCCUAAGCCAAAUCUUGAGAAGACUUUAGGGACCAACAGGUUUGAUGAUCAUCAGGAAAUUUCCAGUUUGUGUGUAACCAAAGGGGAAGAAAUGGAAACUCAAAGAGAAACAGAGAAAAAUGCUUCCAAAGCAACAGAAUUGGAAGAUAAAAACCUCGGACCAGUUACAACAGCAGAGAAUAAGGAUCAGAGCAAAUUGGCAUGUGUACAUGGUAUCAAAGGGACCAGUAUUUCUCCAGAAGUAAACCUAACUGAAAGAAAUGAAAAUCAAGAAGAGAGCUCUCAGGAGGUUCACAUGUUAUCAGUUGCUCCAGUUGCUUCCUCUGAGACAGGGCCCUGCACACUUGGUUUGGAUAGGGGUCUUGGUGAAAAUUCUGUUGAAGAGGCCCAGCAGUAUACACCAACAAGUAUUCCAGAAGUCCAACAAGAGAAUAUAAUCAAUCCUCAAGACCUAACAGUGAAUCUAGUUGCUAAUGUACCUCAAGAUGGAGAAGAUGAACAAGCCUUUAUUUUAACUCUGGUGGAAAUUCCAACCAAUGCAGUAGAAGAAUUUACUGAUGCCACUGCACAGUUCAUGCCAAACCCUUUACUGCCAGCUCCCAUAUUGGUCAAAUCAGUGAAUACUGAAGAAAGAGGUGACAUGAGUGUUUGUUUACCAGCAACUUCAGUUGAUCAGGAUGCUGUGGGUUUAUCUAUUUCUGGAAGAGAUAAUUCUAAAAAGCCUCCUGAUAAUUUGGAUCUUAUAUCUAGGAAGAGAUUUAAAUGCAGGCUUGAUGAAAAUGACCACAUUCCUCCUGCCAAAAAAUGUUUGCUCACUUUAAGAGAUAAUUGUCAAGAAUAUACCUCUGAGGUGCACUCAGAGGAAUUAACAAAUGCUUUUGAGGAAACAGGGGAGUCUCACAAAGGACAAGAUAUUUUUCCUACCUCGGGAAGCACACUGACAACUCCAGAACCUCAAAGACAGCAAGUUGAACCAGCUUUUCAGAGUAGAGGAUCUAGAUCUCCUGAUGCAUGCAUAGACAAGAAUGUGCCUCAGUUACCUCAGGGUGAAAUGAUUGUGUCUGAUAAGGAAGAAAGAACUGAUGCUGCUCCUAAGUCUGAGCAAAUGGAUAGCAGAACAUCGUCUUCUAAAGCCCCAUUAUCCAGACCUGGCAGAAGACCCCUGGGAUUUUUAUCUUUAAUAUGUUCAAAGAAUAGUUUGGAGUCUGACGAACCUAUGCAGGUCUAUAGUAAGAAACGCCUAAAACCUCUUAUACCUGCAUUAAGACAGAAAUUGAAAAGAUCUAAUCCAUUCAAUGAAAGCCAGAAAAAAAAUCAAGAUUCCUCUGAUCCGCUUCCAUCUCCAAGUGUUAUUAAUACUCAAUCUAAGAAUAUUAGCAGCUCAGCAACUCAGGUUUCUUGUGAUCAGCCCUUACUGAAAGAAGGACAUAAAAGUGCCCAAAAGCGGGCCCCUCAAGGGGAGCCAACCACAGUCUCUGAAUAUUUCUUCAAUGAUAUCUUCAUUGAAGUGGAUGAAACAGAAUAAAACAGUCUUUUGUCUUUUUCUUUUUUAAAUUAGGUCUAGGAUUUCCAGAGUCAAUUACAUCAACAAAACAGUAUUUAGACAAACUAUCACUGUCUAUUUUUCUUUAGGUUGAUUUUGAAUAUUUAAUGAACUUGAUUUGAAGCUUUUAUAAUCAGUGGAAAACAUUUCUGAGGUUCCUCUCAUUCUGAUUGAUUCAGCAUUUUGCAAAUAGCAAGCAAUUGAGACUGCUUUCUCAGACAGAUGUUGUUUACAUUUUGACUCUUCCUGUGCUAAGCACACGUGGACAUUUGGGAAUGUUGUGGAUAUAUGUCUCUGUAUGAAUUGCAGUGCAGACAUAUUUGGGGGUUAAUUGUAUCGUAUUUAACAUUUAGCAACUUCUUUUGUGAAGAUUUUUUAUUUUUAGGGGGAGAUGAUGAAGGAUGAAGCCUUUUCCGUUGCUUCUAUGUACAGUCAUGUAUCGCAUAAUAAUGUUUAAGUCAACAAUGGACCACAUAUAUGACAGUGGUCCCAUACAAUUAAAAUGGAGAUAAAAAAUUCCUAUCAACUAGUGACAUUAUAGCCAUCAUAACAUAGUGCUUUGCUUUUUUAUGUUUAGAUAUGUUUAGAUACACAAAUACUACUAUUGUGUUACAACUGCCUACAGUAUUCAGCAUAGUAACACAUUGUAGAGGUUUGUAGCCUAGAAUCUCUAAGAUAUACCACAUAGCCUCAGUCUGUAGGGUGUGUUGCAGUCUGUACCAUCUCAGUGUUUGUAAGUACAUUCUGUGUUGUUCCACACAAGAUCACCUAACAAGGCAUUUCUUAGAACAUACAGUUAAGGGACACGUGACUAUAUGUGAAAACAAAUUGUCACACUUCACUUUAGUAUGGUAAAUGUUAAAGAACUUUUCUAUUAUCAGCUGUUUGUCUGACUAAAAAAUACAUAUUUUUCUAAUUCAUGGUGAUGUAACAUUAGUCCUCCUUGAAAAACUAGUAUUUAAACAUAAUUAUUUAUAAAGAUGACACAUCAAAGAGCUUAUUUAUUUUUAAAUUUUUUAUUUAAAAGGAUAUUCAGUUUUAGCUAUUUUCACCCCUCAGAUUGUAGAUAAGGAAGGCAUUAACAAAUUUAUGUUUGUCUCCUUUUUCUCUUUAAUUUUAAAGAUAUUUGAAAUGCUAUAACUAAAAAUGUUUGAUGUAUAUGUUUUGAAUACCUUUUUUCCCUCAGUUUAGUAUAUUGACUUUGUACUGUGAAUUUUUCUGUUUUUCUUCUUUCUUGGAUAAUCUCAGGAUUUUCAUGAGGGUGGGGGACCUCAACUUUAUUUAUUAGACGGAAUUUCCAUACAAAGUUCAAUCUCCUUUAUACACACACAGACAUAUAUUAGUUUUUAAAAAGCCAACUUCUUCAUAGUUUUUUCUCAAUUCUCAAAGAACACUUAGAUCUUUAAGCGUGGAACAUAAUAGUGAUGUUAAAAACAGAAAAUAAGGCUUUAUAAAGUUAAUGAUUAUCAUCAAUAUGAAUUUAAGAUUUGUUUUAAUUUCAAGAUUUAAUGAUUUACAUGUGUAUUUCUAUUAUCUACCCAAGCAGAUCUGUAGUGGUUCCAAUUAGACUUCUCAAACAGCAAAUUUAUCCUGAUUUUAUUUGAAAAGCCUCUUGGAAUGAUAAUAUAGUAGCUCAGGAGUUGGAAACUUUCUGCAAACUAUUUUGGGUUUGCAGGCCAGAUGGUCUCUGUGGCAGCUACUCAGCUCUGCACUUUCAGUGUGAAAGAAGCCAUAGACAGUACUUGAAUGAAGGACUGUGGCUGGAUUGGCCUUUUAGUUUGACCCCUGCAUUAGGCCCCAAAUUUUCUUACCCUGAGGUGCUGAUAUCUGUAUGUAUGAGUUAUUUGUCACUAAAGUUAUGAGUUGUGCCUAAAAGUUAAAACUGUUGAUUGAAUUAUAUAAUGAUCAGUAUUUCAAUUGGGAAGAUAUUUUAGAGUCUAGAUAAUUAUGUUUGUAUAUUGAAAAAAUGGUGGCCAGUUUUUAAGCUCCUUAAUAGAAGAGAAUUAUGUCUCAGCAAGUAUAACAGUAAUGCUAAUUUAUUGAAACUACUGCUGUUAGAGCACUUCUUAUUCAUUGUCUUUUAGUAAAAUUUAUGACAUAACAUUUUGUCAGAGAGGAGGCUAUAUAAUUUGGAGUGGAAAUUGUAAGUAGGCAUUUAUUUCAUGAUUGAUAUGUCACAGAAAUUACGGUAGUAAAUCACAUUGCUAUUUUAAUACCCUGUUUAUGUAAGUUUUUAAAACUCGUAUUCUGAAAAUAUUUCAUUCUCUUAGUGUUAGUUUGGGAGUUAGAUUGCCAUGAUUAAACUGUUAUUUAUCCUUGUGUAAUAUAAUUUUUAACCUUAACAUCUGUCUCUUUUUAAUCUAUAAUCUAGUUUUAUGGAAGAUGGAAUUUCUUACUAUAUAAAGAAUAUAAAGACUCAUUGUAUUAGAGAAUCAAGUCAGCCAGCUAAAUUAUCCUACUGUUAUAUCCUUAAACCUGAUUUUGGAAAAGAGAAAGUUAAUCAGUGUAUUUACCUUACAUGGUGGAAAGAACUAUGUUAGGUCUGAUUCAUGUAAAGAAGAUGUUGCAAAGAAUUUAUUUCACAAAUCUUAAAGGAGAUGUGAGUAAAAGUUUUUAUCUUUUCUUGACUUUUUCUCCUGAACACUUAUGUCUUAGCAAGUGGUCAGCAUGAGGGUUUGAACGCCUAAUUGUUGGUAAAUGGUUGAGGCAUGACAAAAAUACUAAUAUCCACUGUUUAUCAUCAUGUUAUUUGAAACAAAAGUGACCAUGUAUACUAUUCUUGCUUGAAGAAGUCUUCGACAGAAAAAGCAAUAUCAUGUCAUUUAUAAAUUUUCUUGUUCUAAAGAAAGCAGUUGUAUAUAUAUAAAUUAUGUAAAUAAAAGUUAUUUUAUACCA